CGGGUUCAACAUCUGCAAACACCAGUUAAUAUCAUUUCCAAUAUAUUUCUACUAACCCCAUCACAAAGAGCGAUUUCUGCCACUACGUGCGGUGUCGCUGUCUUCUCAUCGUCUGGGUGUGGUAUACUGCAAAGAAAAACCCAUGAUUUGAGACGUUCCGGUGAAACUGCGAAGAAGCCAAGCAAGGAAACAGACACAAAGAGCCCUCUGCCUCUGAAACAAUCAAACCAAAAAAAGGAAAAAGAACUGCUCUUCAAUCAAUAUUCUUCCAGAAAUAGCUAGAUAUAUUUUCCUAAAGAUGGCAAGGCUUGAAAUUUUCUUUUUUGCUGUUAUCUAGUUAUGUUAUAAACCUAUAAUUUCAAUGCUGAUGAUAUGGAGUCCAGGAAAGAGAAAAUCCUGUGCCACUACUGGGAAGGAGCUUUGGUUACAUUUCAUCACAAAAAUUCUUACCUAUAUAUCUGCAGAUAAUUUUUAUAAACAUGUUAUUCUUUCUCAACACCUGAUGGUGCAGUGCAUUUUAACCACUGCUAUCAACUGUCUGCAUCUGAAUAGAAAUGUCAGAUUGCACAAAGAAGUACUUUUGUCCUCGGCUUUUGGACUACAUAGUGUUUGUCGGAGCAAGGCAGCCAAGUCGCAACCGCUCUGUUCAGCCACCAGAGCUCCUCAGGAGGUAUCCGGCGGAAGAUCACAAAGACUUCCCCUUGAGUCCUGAUGUUGUAUUUUUCUGUCAACCGGAGGGGUGUGUCUGUGCAGGGCCAAAACGUGUCAGUCUCAGGGAAUCUAGUUCUUUCGUCUUUGCUCUGACUGAAAAGGAUACUAGUCGUGUACGCUAUGGAAUUUGUGUCAACUUCUAUAGGACUAUUGAAAGGAGGCCUUCCACUAAAGAAAAGGGAAGGAAUAGGGGUAAAAAAGCUCUGGGAAGAGUCAAAGAAGAUGAAACUUCUCAUGACGGCAGAUAUUUAGAUCCAUCAUCUAGAUAUCAUCAAGAAGACUCAGAUGGUGAUUCUAAAUCAUCUUCACCUAUUGGUCAUCAACAUAUUAAAAGUCAUUCAUUGACAUCAUUAUGUAUUAUUAGUCAUCAUCCAUUUUUUUCUACUUUUCGAGAAUGCCUUUUCAUUUUGCGCAAACUUAUUGAUGCCUCCAAUGAAAGAUGUCUUUCUAAGAGAGUUGCAGGCUCUAAACAAAAUAGGGAUACAAUUUGGUCCUACAUUACUGGCAGAAAAACAGACAAUUUGCCACCUGUUAUUCUUCAUGGGAUGCGCGAGCUUGAAAUGUGGAUGCUGAGAUUACUCAGUGCCCCGGUUCCAAUACCUGGGAAAACAAGGGUGGAGGUGGAAAUUCUGCCCCGAGAUAUUCAGCCUCCUCUCACCUUUGCUCUCCCUGACCAUACUAGGUUUUCAUUAGUUGAUUUUCCUCUUCAUCUCCCUUUAGAAUUAUUAGGUGUUAACACUUGCAUGAAAGUUCUUACGUGCAUUAUUUUAGAACAUAAGAUUUUAAUGCAAUCCCGAGAUUAUAAUGCCCUCUCAAUGAGUGUAAUGGCCUUUGUUACAAUGAUUUAUCCAUUGGAAUACAUGUUUCCUGUGAUACCAUUGCUUCCAACUUGUAUGAAUGGUGCUGAACAGCUUCUGUUAGCUCCUACACCAUAUAUCAUUGGGAUUCCUGCUAGUUUCCUUAUGUUUAAAAGACAUUGUAGAUUACCUGAAGAUGUGUGGCUAGUAGAUUUAGAUUCUAAUCGAAUAACUAAACCACCCGGAGUUGAAGAUCUUCCACCUCUUCCUGAACCUGAAGGAACUAUAUUACAGAAUCAUUUGAAACAGGCUCUAGCAUCCAUGAGUAUGAGCCCUCAACCAAUCAGAAAUUUGGAUAGAAUUCAACCAGGAGUAGCUGACCGUUUAGUAUCGCAUGAACCUCCACUCCCCCCACUGGCUACAGGUUUCAAUCCCUUAAUCUAUGGCAAUGAUGUGGACUCUGUGGAUGUUGCGACUCGUAUAGCUAUGGUUCGCUUCUUUAAUUCUCCAGGUGUUCUAGCAAAUUUUAUGGAGCAUACAAGAACAUUGCGAUUAUAUCCGCGACCUGUUGUAGCUUUUCAAGUUAACAGUUUUUUGCAUUCAAGGCCUAAGUUUUCCCAAUUUUUGAAGGGAUUUGUUCGUACUCAGGCUGUAGAGUUUUUUGCAGAAUGGACUCUGUCUCCAACAAAUGUGGCUUUCUUAAGAGUUCAUACGGGAGUUUUUGAUCCUACUCUAGUUGGAGAUAAACCCAAAUGGUAUAUUAAUCAAUUGGAGCCAUUGCAUUUCAAAGUCUGGAGUGAAGGAUCAACUUUAAUUAAUUCGCUUUCUUCUACUCUACAGUCUGAGCCCUCUACAGAUGAGAGCUGUAGUGAUAGUGAAGGUGCUGGGAGUACAAGUUCAUCAUAUUCUUCUCUUAGUGAUUUUGUUACAGAUAUGGUUAACAGUGAAAUAGUUGGUGAGGGAUUCCCAGCUGCUUCUGGAAUUGAUGAAUCUAGUAAUACUCAAGUGCUUUUUGAUCAUCAUUCAGUUUAUCAACCUCCAAGUACAUUGCAAUUGCCAACUACUGGUAUUAAUAGUAGUGAUUCUGCCUUCUCUAUACCUGGUUCACUUUCCACAUCAUCAUCACAUUCUUCACUUUCUAGUAGUCCGUCUUAUAAUUGUGAUCCUGAAGAAGAUCUUGCUCGUGCUGCAGAACAAGCUGUUACUCCAGGAUUUCAACCAUUAGCCUACAGAUCAGAAUCUCAAGAUCAUGGAGAUGGGGAUACUGAAGUAUUUAGUAGCCAAGAAGCAGAAACAUCAACACUGACACCUUCAACAAUUCGAUCAGUUAUCUCUCCUCAGCCACCGAUUCAAGGUAGAAGUCCAGCUGAUAGCCUUAGUAGUGAUGUUGAAAGUAUUCAUGAUACAUUGCACAGCAUUGGUAGUAGCCCAGCAACUUCACGUCCGAAGACUGGUAGUGCUGCUGUAUCUUCAGAGCCUUCAGUUGAUAAGGGCAGCAGUGCUAGUUCUGGAACUCGUACUCCAACGAGAACUCUGAGUAUAAGCAGUGUCUUAAGCAGGACUGGUAGCCAGGGAGGUGCGACUCUCACUGCACAGAAUAGUCAAGGCUCAUUGUUCGAGACUAUGGCUAGAGAAGCUAGAGAGGUAGCACGUGAAGCAAGUAAAGCAGCUGUAGAAGCUAGUCGAACUGCCAUGGAAGCUACUAAGCCUGCCCGAGAAGCUGGAAAGAAGAGUCUGUUAAAAAAUUGGCAAGCCUUAGGGGAACCAAUGACUGGAAGUAAAGACAAGCAUGCUGCUGAAUCUACAGAACUUGUAACUAGAGAUGGUGGUUCUAGUCCAGGUUCUAUCAUGUCAACAGUUAGCAGUGAAUUGAAUGGUAUAGCAGCACAAACAUCCAGUAUGCUUUCUGGCUUCUUCAGUAGUAGAUCCAGUUCCAUUUCUACUAGAGCCAAAGAUCGCUCACAGCCUUUUGGUCCUUUUCCUAAAGGUCUAAGAAAAGGCCCUUUACAUGAAAAAAAUUCUCUCAUCAAACAUGCAACUCCCCAAAAGAAACAAGAUGCUCAAAAAUUACAAAUGUUUGAAGAACAUAAAAGCUCUCACGUGGAUAACCAAACAUUUUUGAAAGAAGUUAUCAACAAUGUGUUAGCAGGAGAUGGUAUAAGUUGGUUGAAGUUUGGGAAAGUCAGAAAACUCAUGGAAGACGAAAAUUAUCGGAACUUGGUUGUUUCUCGACUAAAUAAAACUUUAGAAACAAAAGUUGGACCAGAUGAUCAUAUUGAUGAUGUUUGCCUACCUAAACAAGUUUGGAAGGGAUAUCAGAGACUCCUUCAAGCGGUUAUAUCAGGAUUAGAACAUACCUAUAGUAAUUAUGGUCUAGGAGGAAUGGCUAGUGCUUAUCAAGUCUUGGAAAUUGCUCAUACACAUUAUUAUUGUGAAGAAUCAAAACUUGAUACAGCUUCUCCAUCUCAGGGUAGCAGUCCAUUUGGUAGUGGAGAAAACCUAUAUAAACAUCUCUCUGAUUCGAGUAGAACUGAAGAUCCUAUGAAUCUUUCUGUUGCAAGCUCUACUAAGAGUAGUACCAAUAGCAGUCCUUCUGAUCUUCAACAUCAUGCUUCACCUAUGAGUGAGAAGGAAUACCAAGAAAAAGGCCAACUACAAGAAGGACAAUGCAAUGUCCAUAUUACUCCUUCACCUGAAAGUUCAGAGCAUGAAGAAGCAACUGACAUGUUUCGCAGCAUAAUAAAUGCCAAACGAAAUAUUCUAUUUUCUAGAAUUACAAGCGUCGAAUCAGAAGUUUCGGAAGCAGGCACUGCUUUAAGUCAGAGCUCUGACCAGGCAGCUCCAAGCUGCAAUGCAAGUGAUACUGGAAGUAUGACCACUAAUCCAUCAUAUCAUAGAAAUCUUAGAAUAAAUCAAAACUCUUUUCGCUCUACAGUUUCAGACAGUGAAAUUGAAGCUGGAAAUUUUCUAAACAAUCGGCAGAAACGAACACCUAGCAUAUGGAGCAGUAAAAGUAGCCUUAGUACUGGUUUCCGCUAUCACGGAGGUAGCUUGAUUAACACGUCAUCGAAUCCUGUAAAUGAGCUGCCACGAAUGUAUCUUUUUGAAGGUUUAUUAAAUAGAGAUCGAUCAACUCUGUGGGAUCAAAUGCAAUUUUGGGAAGAUGCAUUCAUGGAUGCUGUUGCUCAGGAGAGAGAUAUGGUGGGAAUGGAUCAAGGACCUGGUGAAAUGAUGGAAAGGUAUCAGUCUCUAGCUACUAUGGAUAAAAAGAGAUUAGAACAUGAUGAAGACAGGCUUCUAUCUACUAUGCUGUAUAAUACAGUUGCCUUUAUGGUAAUGAUGAAAGUUAACAAAGCUGAAAUAAGGAGAAAAAAUUGUCGUCUGUUGGGAAAAUGCCACAUUAGCCUUGUUUAUAGUGCUGAAGUCAAUGAACUCUUAGAUCAAAUUGUAAAUCUUCAUGGUAAUGAUAUUGACCUCAGGCCCUUAAGUAGUAGACAGAUGCAUCGACAGUCCUUCACUGUACAUUUAGGUGUAGAUGCCACUGGGGAUAUGUUAUUUAUGGAAGUUAGAGAUGAUGGCAUAGUGUUACGCAGCGUUAAUGGUGCGAUAGUGGAGAGAUGGUGGUAUGAACGGCUUGUAAAUAUGACAUAUUGUCCUAAAAACAAAGUGCUAUGUUUAUGGCGUAAACAUGGUGGACAAACUCAACUUCGGAAAUACUAUACCAAAAAAUGCAAGGAUUUAUAUUAUUGCAUAAAGGAAUCAAUGGAAAGAGCUGCCCAGAGAGGAAAUGGCAUGUUGCCAGGAACAGAACUUGGAGGAGAAUUUCCUGUUCAGGACAUGAAAACUGGUGAAGGAGGGCUGCUUCAAGUGUGCAUGGAAGGAGUUGGUCUUUUGUUUGCAAACAGUAAAGACUUUGAGUUCUUUGUAAGGCUGGAAAACAUAAGAAAGUGUUUCACCCAGAAGGGCGGGCUGUUUAUUCUGGAAGAGUUUAACCCCAAAACAAGACAAUUAGUCCAGCGAAAAUAUAAGUCAUCUUUGGCGGACCAAAUAUGUUACGCUGUUUUAUGUGUUUUUUCUUAUAUCGCGGCUGGAAUCGAACAACGAAAAAGAGAAGCUGCUAAAAGGCUUAUUCACAGUGAAGGAUCAUCUCCAAAAAGCACGAUUCCAAGACUUCCAAAGAAAAGCUGACUUGUGCUUUAUGUCUAUUGGGUUUUUAUCUAAUUCUCUAUGCAACUGCUUCAAGAUGAGUUUCUCUCUACUGCAGUUCAUAAAAAGAUAUCUCUAUACUCUGUGAGGCCGUAACUUUCGGCAGACUAUUUUUUACUUCCAAUUAUGAAUGUACUUCUCUUUACUGAGUUAAGUGCAUGAAAUAAGAUAAAUAUGCAAUAUUAAUUAAAUACAUGUACUUUUGCCAAAUGCAUAAGGGAUUAAUUGCGAUAUAGAAUAUAUUUGUGUUUGGCUCCUCAAAGUCAUAAUUUUAUACCUUUGUAGAACAGUUUAUUCAUUAACUGUGUAGAUUUUGCUCCUCUUGGCAAGUGUAAAUAGUCAAUGAAUGUUAUCAUAAAGACUAUUCUUACUUUAUUAACGUUCCAGUUACUGAACCAAUCCUAAUAUGAGAAGGAAGAUGAUUGUUAAAAGUGCCUAUCUAUUUGUGUCAUAACAAAUUGUGUAUUUGCGAUCAGAUGCAGUUGGAUUUGUCUUUUUAUAGUUUUUUAAUUGUUUCAGGCUUUAUCGAUAAAUAUUUUAAAAUAUUAAUAGUUAUUAACAAAAAAAAUUUCAUGUAAAAGUUUUUCUUUUAUUAGAGAAAGGUGAUGUUCAAAAUUUCCUUUAAUUUUCUUAAAAUGAAACUCUCCCCAUAAACAUAGUUAAUUUUACUAUGUAAUUAUUAAUGAAUCAAUCGGUGGCAUUAUAAAGAUUUGUUUCACUUAAUGGUAAAUUGCAUACAUUUGUUUCUAUGGUGCUUGUGAGAAAAUGGAAACAAAUAUACUCUGUACAAGCUGGUAAAAUAAUGCAUUUAAUGUCCAUGUAGCUACUGGAGAGGUCUGCUAAUGCCAUUACUUAACUCAUUAAAAACUUUAAUCAUCAUUUAAAAAAUAUGUUUUAAGUAUAAAUUAUUUCUUUUUAAUGCAUACAGUAAUUUAAUAUAAGUUGGUUACUUUAAUCAUACUAGAUAAUUUGAAACUUUAAUAAAUAACAAGAUGAAUUUUUUAAACUGAUAAACUUCUAUUGUUAAAUUAUAUCAGCUGCAUGUUCUUCAAAGGAAACAAAAAUGAUGAUGAUAUGCUUCAAUCCGUGAAAAGAAAUAUAUUUUCUUUUAUGUACAAAAAGUAAUUAUAAUAGAAUCAAAUUGUAUUAAAAUAAAAAAUAUUUGUCUAGUCAUUUCUAGUCAAGGAAUGAAAGAAUAAGUGUGUUCAAUCCAAUUUAUUUUCUGUUUUAAAAGUUCUUUCUUAAUAUAUGUAUACAUGCUAAAUUCUAAUUAAAUUGUUAAAACACAAUUUUGCUUGUUUUAAAUAUUUAGACAAUUUAUUUAUUUUGUUUUUUGUUUCACAUUUACAAUAUUAAACACUCACAACAUGCAUGUUACAUUUAAGACAAUGUUUAAGUGGUACAACUGAUAAACAAUAAUUUAUGCUUAUGUAAAUAUUAAUUUUCUAUUUUGAGUUCUUUGUGUACACGACUUGCAAUUUUUUUUCAACAUCAUUAUUAACUGUAUAACAUUUUCAAGCUUUUUUCUAAAGCAAACUAUCAAAUAUGUUUCUUGUAUGUUAUUUUAAAUUACAGUUCUGACAUAAAUUGUAAGAAAGUUUAGUGUAUUCUUACUAUUUUUCAAACCCAUGAUAAUGAAGUAAAUCUAAUGAAAUUCUUCAAAUAUGCAUUUGAAGUAAAAAUGUGCCACGUAUGUAAAUCAUAAAAAUUGCACAAUUUAGAAGCAAUAAUAUAAAUGUAUAUAAAUUUAUCUGCUGUUCCUGUAUUAUUUUAAUUUUGUUAUUCAUUUUAAGUUCAAAU